AUGAUUGUCUUUAUCGUAGGAUGGAUUGGUACAUUCUUCGGCCACUUUGUCGAAUAUAUCCCACCAGGUCUCAUUUUGAGUUUGGCUGCUGGUCGCAUCGAAAAGGCCAAGUACUGGGAUGCUUACACUAAGGAAUUUAUCGGGAGCAUGAUGAUGAUUGCCUUCACCUUUUCUGCUGGAAAGUGGAUCGGUAAAGAAAUGUGGGAAUUGGCCUGGGCUUGGCAUGUUGUCGGUGUGAUUGCCGCUGAUUACUUUGGUGGAGGUCAACAAGUCAACCCCGCUGUCACCGUCAGUAUGUGGGCUUUGGCCAAGAUCGACUACACUGAAGCAUUCGUUCGUAUCGCUGGACAAAUGGGCGGAGGUAUGGUUGCUUUCCCUGUCUUCCAUAUCAUUUCUGAAAUGUUGAAUUUGGAACCCUUCGGUGGACCCGAAUUCAAGAUUGCAUCCAAUGCCGAGGCCUUUCUUUCUGAGUUCGGUGCCAUGUUCUUGUUGAUGUGGGCCAUUUACCUUCUCAACUGGGAAUUCAACUUUGGAGAGUACCACUACUGGAUCAAACAAUUCUUGACGGCCGUCGCCAUUCGUGCCCUCAUUGAAUUCUUCCCCACUGCUGGACCUGCCAUCAACCCCAUGUUGGGUACCUGUUGGGGCGCCUUUGGCACUAGCGGCAACUUUGAAUUCCCUUCGGACAAUGAGCAUUACUUUGUCUACUGGGUGGCACCCUGUGUCAGCGCCGUUUUGGCCAGUGCCACCUGGGGCAUGUACAACGGGGACCUAGUCUUUGGGACCAGGAUGCCCGUUGGUCCACUCAAGUCGAAAGUGAAGAAGGCGAAGAAGGCAUAA